AUGCCUGAAGUAUCUUCUCAAGAAGCUCCAUAUGUGAAAGCGCAAGAAUUGGAGAAGAUCAUUUUAUCUUCAAGCGGUGAAAGUGAUGUAGACGAAGGAGAUACCAGCAGAAGCCUGCAUCAGCAAGACUCUGAUGAUGAUGAUGAUGAUGAUGAUGAUAAUGAUAAAGAAGAAGAGGAGACUGUUCGACUGUCAGUUUAUUUUGAUGUUGCUGCUUGGCCAGUUCCAGUUCCAGAUGUUUUAAGAGUGGACCUUAUUAAAAGGGGAAGUGAACCUUUCCAAAAUAGAGAUGGGCCAUUCAGUCCUGUUGAAAGGCAAGGAGAGAAAUCAAAAGGGAAGAGUCGACAGCUGACCACUGCAUGGUUCUAUAAGGCUCUGCCUAAUGGCGAAAAAAUUCUUAGAACAUGGAUGGUGUACUCUCCAUCAAAACAAAGUUUGUUUUGUUUUUGCUGCAGACUUUUUGCUGUUGAUGACAAAGUAACAAGGACAUCCAGUUUUGUUACUGGGUUUCAAUUGUGGUGGAAGCUGAACCCAAAGGUGUCUGAUCAUGAGGCUUCUGAGCAGCAUCUUACUUGUUUGGAGAAAUGGAAUACCAGGAUUGAAGCUACAAAAAUGCCCUGA